UACUACAACUACAUCAUUAUACUAACUCGAACAGGAGCAUUCACCGGUCACAUUAAAUUCAUUCAGAGCGACCGUCAACGUACAUAUGCUCGUUUAACAGAGUUGAUCGCUUAUUUGUUUAUCGGUUGAAUUACGGUUUACUUCCGAGUUAGAUCAACAUGGAGAACGGCCUGGAAAGCACAAGAGACAGUCGUCUGGACCAGGCUGUCACGCAGUGGCUGCAGUAUGACAAGAAUCCAAAGACGGCUGCUGCUGUGCGGACUAUGGUUAAGGAUAGAGCCAUGUCAGAGCUGCAGAAGUGUUUCGGGGCCCGUAUGGAGUUUGGCACGGCGGGACUGAGAGCCGCCAUGGGACCGGGAGUGUCCUGCAUGAAUGACCUCACCAUCAUACAGACCACACAGGGUUUCGGUGCGUACCUGGAGCAGUGUUUUACAGAUCUGAAGCAGAGAGGGGUGGUGAUCGGGUUUGAUGCUCGCGCUCACCCCCCUAGUGGCGGCAGCAGUAAAAGAUUUGCCUGUCUUGCUGCUUCUGUCUUGAUCAGCCGAGGUGUCCCAGUCUACCUCUUCAGUGACAUCACACCCACUCCAUACGUGCCUUUUACUGUAUCACAUCUAGGACUGUGUGCUGGUGUCAUGGUAACAGCCUCACAUAAUCCCAAACAAGACAAUGGAUACAAGGUGUACUGGGCAAACGGAGCUCAGAUCAUUCCUCCCCAUGAUAAGGGCAUCGCCACAGCUAUAGAACAGAAUCUUGAGCCGUGGCCUAAAUCAUGGGACACAGAUGGAGCUCUUCAGAGUUCCCUACUCAAUGACCCAUACCAGGACACACACAGAGAAUACUGCCAAACCAUACAACAGCACUGCUUUCACAGGGAGCUGAAUAAGAAUACAAAGGUGAAGGUUGUCCAUACGUCAGUUCAUGGGGUGGGCCAUAUUUUUGUCCAGGCUGCUUUUAAGGCCUUCGACCUUCAGCCUCCAUAUGCUGUGGAAGAGCAGAAAGAUCCUGACCCAGAGUUCCCCACAGUCAAAUACCCCAACCCUGAGGAAGGAGAGGGAGUCUUGAUGCUGUCCUUCGCACUGGCAGAUAAAGAGGGAGCAACUGUUAUUCUGGCAAAUGACCCUGAUGCUGACCGACUAGCUAUUGCAGAGAAGCAGGAGAGUGGGCAGUGGAGGGUAUUCUCUGGGAAUGAGUUGGGUGCUUUGCUCGGAUGGUGGAUUUUCCAAUGCUGGAAGCAGCAGAAAGAAGAUGGAAAAGCCUCCAUUAAGGAUGUCUACAUGCUAUCCAGCACCGUCUCCUCAAAAAUCCUCUGUGCCAUCGCUGUGAAAGAGGGCUUCCACUUUGAGGAAACUCUAACAGGCUUUAAAUGGAUGGGAAACCGAGCCAAAGAGCUGAUGGACCAGGGAAAGACUGUUCUGUUUGCCUUUGAAGAAGCUAUUGGUACUCUGACAUCCACACCGCUAAACAUUUAUGUGCAUUUGUGUGUCGUUCUGGUGGGAACAGUCAGGAUUGGUAACCCACUGAUCCUGGGUUCAAACCACAGACCCUAGAGACGUGAGGGGCCUCGGCAAACUUCCAAGUGGGCCAAUGGAUGACUUAAAAUAUUCAAAUUAAUAGAAUUAGUCAUAAAAUGAUCGAACUUAACAUACCACAUAUAUACAGUAU